UUUAAAACGCUAGCCACGCCAUUUUGGAUUUUGCAGUAUUCUCUUUGCCAAUUUGGAGUAAAAAUAUAGGUCCUUGGCGAAUUUAUGGUAAAUGCGUCACUACAGAUUUAGAUAUGAGUGAAAACGGCGAGCUAAGAAUGUCACGAUCACAUUCACGGGAGUCAGAGGGGUCUCGUAAGUCUGAUGCCACUUACUCGCACUCUAGGUCACCAUCUAAUGACAAAGGUUCACCAAAAUCCAGAGAUUCCAGAUCCAAAUCAGGAUCCAAGUCUCCAUAUCGACGCUCUUCACGACAUUAUUCUGCUUCCAGAUCCAGGUCAAGAUCACACUCAAGAGGCCAUAAAAGGUCUAGAAGCAGGUCCUAUCACAGAGAUCGCUAUUCCAGGUCACGAUCCAGGAGCUACCACAAAAGAUCUCGCUAUUCAAGAAGCAGAAGUCGUGGAAGGUCUCCGUAUUACAAAGAAAGCCGGGAUAAUUACAGUCGUGAGAGCCGCAGCAGUCGAUACAGAAGUCGCAGCAGGUCUCCAGGAUAUUCUAGACGGAGGAGGGGAAAGGAAACAUCUCCUAUGUCCAACAGACGCAGACACACUGGAAAUAGAGAUAAUCCAGAGCCAACCAAAUGCCUUGGGAUUUUUGGUUUAAGUUUGUAUACACAGGAACGGGACCUCAGAGAAAUCUUUGGUCGAUUUGGACCAGUGGAAGAUGUACAAGUUGUGUAUGAUAGACAGACUGGAAGAUCAAGAGGCUUUGCUUUCAUCCAUUUCAGAAAUAUUGAAGAUUCAAUUGAGGCAAAAGACAGGGGUCCUGGGAUGGAGAUAGAUGGGAGAAGAAUAAGAGUGGAUUUCUCCAUCACAACCCGAGCACACACUCCUACACCUGGAAUAUAUCUCGGCAAACCUACCACGUCCAGUUACAGAAGGAGAUCUGCAUCACCUUACAAUAAAGGGAGUUACAGCCGUGGCAGCCGAUAUUCCAGAUCCCGGUCAAGGUCAAGGUCAUACAGCCCCAGUCUGGUCUCCGAAGGUAAAUUCUUAAUAUAUAUAACUUUAAGUACAUGUAUGUGAGGUACCCAAGUUCAGUGACAAAGUCAGUUGCUCACUUUGGAUCCUGCUUUGUGAUGUUUGGAGGGUAUAUCCUGCUUUGUGAAGCCCUUGUUGCAUGAAGGUUAAUUUCUAUUAAGUGAAGAGCUUAUUAUAUAUCUUUAACUGUAUCACAGAAUUUCAUUGGUAAACUUGAGUGUUAAGUUUAUUAUUGAUAGUUGGCUAAGAUUUAAGAAACUGUAAGGUGCAUGAUAUUUGGUAUAUACAUUCUAUAUGUAUUGAAAAAGGUAGUGGAACAUUGCAUGCAUAUACAUGUAUAUUGGGGACUUUGGAACAACAGAAUAUCAACAACAAAAAAUUUGACUUGACAGGAUAACUGUUAUAAGGAGAGCUGAAGUUAUUGCCCUGGUGAUGACCGUGUUCAUUAUAGACAGCAAGAUUGAAUUUAUAAUUAUGUUUGCUUGAGAUUUUAAUUGAUAUUUAACUUUUUGACCUUGUAAUCUUUCCAUUAAUACUUUUCAAAAUCACAAACUGUGGCCAUAAUUUUGAACCUUGGGAGACUAGAAUUCGAUAUUUAGCAUAUGAGUUGCAUGUGACAAGUUCUCUUCAGAUAUACCAAAAUCUUUAAUCUCCUAAACAUGAUAUUGAAAUUUUGUCUUAUUUUCAAAAACUUUGGCCAGGACAUACACAUUGCAUACAUGUUCCCAUUGGAAAUGUCUCUUCAUUGAUUUUUUGUCUUGACAUUGGUAUAGAUUUAUUCAGUUUUGCCCAUUAAGGUAACUCCAUACUCGCUUUAUUAUAUUUUGUUUCCUUUUAUUGGAGUUAAAACUAUAAAUGUAUUAUCAACUAAGAUUUAUAGGUUAUCACCUAUAUAUGUAUGGGAGACUUACAUAAACAGAAUCAUAGAUCAACAUCAGAAAAUUGCAAUUUUCCUUGUACAUCAUUAUCAAAAUUUGACAAAAACUGUUUUUAACGAUAUAAUAGUAUUCAUAACAAUUUCAUGAAACUUUCUGAAAAAAUAAAGGAAAUCUAUCGCAUAAUGGACUUGAUAAAGAAAUCUAUAAACAAGAGUUGUUGCCCUUGGAUUCAAUCUGACUUGAUAUUUUAUGAUUUUUUGCAAUAACUAUUGGAAAAGACUCCCAAAACAAAAUUUGUUAAUGUAUGCAUAAAUGUAUAAAAAUCAUUGAUUUUGCAAAAUCUUAUUAUCUCACAUGAGGGUGGGAUUAAAUCAAUACAAGGUUAUCACGUUUGAAAUAAGGGUAAAAGUAGAUUGGUCAUUUUUAUAAUGAAAAUGUUACUUGACACGCAUCUUUCUGACAAAGCAGUCAUUUAAAUGAACUAUCUCUGACAACUCUUAUUUAAAGUUUUGAAUUGCAAACCAAUCAAAUACUUAAAAGUAUUCCUAGAUUGAAUUAAGCUAUGUGUUUAUACAUGUAAUAUAAAAUGAUUGACUGUAAAUGUGAAUUUCUUCAUAUCUAUGAGUGGUAUAUGCAUGUGCAUGAGAGAAAACAGUGUGGCCACCAUGAUAGUAUAUGAAAUUGUGCACAAUGAUGCAUUCUUCUGUAAAAUUUCCUUGCAAGGUUUUCAAGAAAAUUAUUAACAUAUCCAUUAACAAUAUGAAAAUAUCAAAGUGUUCCCAAAUUGCAAUCAUUAGACUUUCUCCUCCUCCCAUUAACAGUUUUUGUUGUGAUACAGGUUCAGGGGUGUACUGGUAACCGAUUAACUUCUGUUCCCAGAAUAGACUAUGGUUCAUCAUGCAGACAUCUUAUUAUCAACAGAAAAUGAUGAUGUACUAGAUACUUGAAUAAAAUGAUUAUGAAAUACA